AUGGCCGCCAUGUUGAACACGAAGGCGAUGGUGCUGUACUGCGGAAGCGCCCCGGCGUCGCCGCCGGGGGCGCCGCGCCUGCCGGAGCCCGCGCGCGCCUGCCCGCGGCCCGCCGCGCUCCCGCUGCCCGAGGGCGAGCUGGACGGCUGCGAGCCGGACGCCGAGGGCAGCGGCGGCGGCCUCGUCCCCUCGCCCACCCCCUCGGUCGCGUCCUCGCAGGAGGGCGAGCCCGAGCCGGCGGCGGCGGACGACGGCGGCGGCGCGCUCGGGCUGCGCUGCCACGACGACCUGCGCAAAGUGACGCUGGAGGUGGUGGGCCGGUACCUGCGCGAGGCGGCCAGCCAGGGCCCCGCGGAGGGCGGCGGCGGCGCCGGCAAGUUCCUGCAGGGGCUGGUGGGCCGCUUCGGGGCCCCCCAGGGCGGCGCCGGCGCGGCGUGCGCGGAUCAGGCGCUGGAGACGCUCCGCCGGGUGGGCGGCGGCAUCCUCGACAAGCACCAGCUGGCUUUCCAAGGAAUGCUUAAAAAGAUGGAAAUCAAGAAAGAGGAUGACCUGAAGUCUGUGUCAGAAAUUGCCUCACACGUUUUCAGUGACGGUGUGACAAACUGGGGGCGAAUUGUGACUCUCAUCGCCUUUGGUGCCUUUGUUGCCAAGCAUCUGAAGAAUAUAAACCAGGAGAGUGGCAUCAGUACUUUGACAGAAAUCAUUACGGACGUGCUGGUGACAGAUAAGCGGGAAUGGCUGGUCAACCAUAAUGCUUGGGAGGGGUUUGUUAAAUUCUUCCAUGUAGAGGACAUAGAAGGCAGCAUCAGAAACGUUCUGAUGACUUUUGCAGGCGUUGCUGGAUUAGGAGCAAGUUUGGCAUACAUGAUCCGGUGAGACAAACAGUGGUCCACAGGUGGAGCUAGCUUGGACUGUCCUGUUCCUGCCAUGACUAGAAUACUGAGCUGUUCUUUGAAAGUUGACGGGAGAAUAAACACCAGGAAAUCCCAUGGAAGGUUGGUUUGAACUGUCAGUUAUAGAAGGUCAUCAACAAAGGUGCCUUGCAAACGGGCAUAGAUCUUUCAAGUGAAGAAGCAUACACUCUGCUUCCUGAAGAAGCAACAUGUGAGAAGCUAAGAGGACUGAAGCCCUGCAUAGUGCAGUUUUGGUCGCGGACUAACCUGCAUCUGCAUUGGCUUGGUUUAAGAACUGCUGGAUAUUAUUAGCUAGUGUUCCAUUGACAGAGGGCUGUGAUCAUAGGCCAAAUGUGUCUGAACUACCAACUUCUGAGGAAUAGUGUUAGGUCUGAAGUCCAAGAUAUUUUGGCCAGUGUGCAAAACAAGGACCUUCAGGUGACCGCUGAAAAUGCCUUUUUUGUAGUUGGCACAAGUGUGGAGACAGAAGGCCUGGUGACCUCCAAAAUCUGACCAGCUCAUGUAUCUUCAUAAAGGGCUGACCCUGUUGUAUGUACCCUUCCAGUUUUGUUGCUUGUUCUCUGACUCCCUUCCCUUGGAAAGCAUACACUGCCAUGGUUCCCAAGAUCACAUGCAGCUAAUAAAACAUGGGGCACAGUCUGUAAAUAUGUAUAAAGAUUCAAGGAAAAGUUUGUUGACAUAAUGUAAUGUAAAUACACAACUGAAAUUGUACAAAGUGUACACUCUUAAAGAGCUUUAUCUUUGGGAAAGGUUGUAAAGAGGCUUUUUUUAAAAUAAGAUUUAAAUUCAGGUAAUGCAACUUGUUCUUUCACCCCAUUUAAAAGACACAUCCUCUGCAUUUCUGUUUUAUUUGCUGAAUAGCAGUUUUUUUCAAUGAUUUCACUGUAUUGAUCAGCUGGCUUAAAUUCAAGCCCUCUCCCUGUCCUAUUUUAAAUGCUUUUCCUUCCUCUGGUUGGGGAAGGAAGAACAUUUUGGUUUAAAGAUUUUUUUUUUAUAAAAAUCUUCAUGCUUUAUCUCUUGUUUUCUUUAGUCUCCGUUUUUAAAAGCUAAUCUUGCAAAUGAACAACAUACCUAUCUUUAAGAACGAAAUGACUUCAGUGAGUUAACAAUGAUAACAAUGACAAGUGUACCUAAAACCAUGAGAGAAUCUAAGACAGGCUUAUAGACUUGGGUUCCUUGAAUUAUUAGACUAAACAGCUUCAGUUAUAGGAGCAAGAGUUUUAAGUUGUUUUGCAGUUGGGCUAGAUUGCAUUUAGUCUUUACUGUUAGCUUUGUUUAGACCAAAUUACGGCAGAUGUGCAAACCUGAAGCAAAGCAUGAACUCAACAUGGUGCUAUGGUCGGACCUGCUUGUUUACAUGAACUAUCUAAUAAAACAAUUCACAGGU